AUGACAACAGGGCUUGAGGUCACGGAGGCGGAAAGGAUCUUCAUCUCCAUUGUGGGCAUUGUGGGUAACGUAGUCCUGGUCCUGUCUUUAAUAUAGAACCAGAUCUCCCAUCUGAAAACCUUUGAGGUGUUUCUCCUGAGCCUUGCUGCCUCCAACCUGGAAGAACUCCUUAUCGUGAACAUCUACAACGUCAUAUGCUCCGUGUCCGUCCUCACUUCCUGGUCCUGCCGGACGCUCAAGUUCCUCAUGGUGUUCGGUGAAAUCGGCAGCAUCCUCUUCACAUUUCUCAUCAGCAUCUUCCGGUACCAGAAGCGCCGAGAUGCUGAGAAGAAGGGCAACUUGCCCGUCUUUCUGGACAACAUCUGGUUGGCCUGGGCUGUAAGUGGGCUGUGUGUGAUGCUAGCCAUGCUCCUGGGAACUCCUACCUAUCUCAUGAAUCUGGACGGUCAUAUGGAUAACUAUACGCAUGACGGAGGCUGCCCUCCAGACUUCUUCCAGUGUCCCAAGGAGAACUGCCUGACCAUUAACCUGGUCUACAAGUAUAUUUUCAUCCUGCUCUGCAACCUGCUGCCUCUAUUCAUCGUCACCAUCACCAGCUGUCUCAUUGUAAAGGUGCUGUUGGGGCAGAGGAGGGUGGUGGUUCCAGCGCUGAGUGCAGCAGAGGAGCUAGUGGAGCAGCCUCCCAGGAAGAAGGGCCUCUGCCUGUGCAUCAAUAGGAACACAGUGGGCAUCCUGGAUGCCAUGGGGCUGUUCCAGGUGGAAUGGAUCCUCUACCUGGUCCUCCACCUGGCCUUCAGCCCCUAUGACUUCCCCUUUUGGACCGAGGGGGAGUUCUUCAUCACAACGUCCUAUACCACAAUCAGCCCAGUGUAUUGGAUAGGGAGUAACCUGUUUCCUGUGGAACACUUUAAGAGUAUUUUUAGGUGUUAG